AUGCCCAAAGCCGCGAAGGUACCUCCAUCGGCCCAAGUCGACCCACGCAUGAGGGUUGACAAGCGGGCCUGUGCCACCGUUGCCUCCAAAUCAGGUCUCGACAAGGACCACCCGACUCGAAGCAAGUUUUGGACUCCUCCUGAACAUCAGCACCCACGACGACAGGCUGUUCAUCCUUACGACCGCGCUCAUAGGACUCUGUUCACGCCAUCGAAUCGGGAUAUCAGCAACCUCAAUCCUGAGGUUCAAGCGGCUCUGCGGGUAAUGCGCAACGCCGCCGCGUAUUUGGACAAGGACAAUGACAAGCGUAGACGCCAAGUCGCCCUCGAGGAGGCAAUCACCACAAUCAAGUCGACCUAUGUGCCCAAGAGUGCGGCAGAGCUCAAGAGGGCCGAGGAGCUGGAGCUGAGCCGGCAACGCAAUGCGUAUCGGCAGAGGAAGCGGGAGCUGCUUGCGCGGUUCGCAAGUCAGGGCCACGAGGCGCCUUCAGGUAGUGUCCCGCCGGAGAGUGAUGGAACUGGAUAG